GUCCCCGAGGGCGCGAUGGCGCGUGGGCCGGGGGCGGGGCCUGGUGGCCUGGGGAGGGGCCUGGUGGGCAGGGCAGCCGCGCGGGCUGCGGCAGAACUGGUGGAGUCUCUUUCAUUGCAGGGAUCAUAUGCUGGAAAAAUCCAUUCCAUUGGUGAUGCUUUCAGAAAUUUUAAAAAUCUCCGAUCCUUAGAUUUAUCGAGGAAUUUGAUCACUAGCCUAAAGGGCAUCCAGUAUUUAUGUUCACUCCAAGACCUGAAUUUAUAUUAUAAUAACAUUCCUUCAUUAGUGGAAGUGUCCCGCCUACAGCCUUUACCCUUCCUCAAAGAACUAGAUUUGAGACUUAAUCCUGUUGUAAGGAAAGAUACAGAUUAUAGGCUCUUUGCUGUAUACACGCUACAAACUCUGGAGAAACUGGAUGACCGAACUGUACGUGAAAGUGAGAGAAAAGCUGCCAAGCUACAUUUUAGUCAGUUGGGCAACAGUGAAAAUUUUCUUUUAGAGGUGGAAAAAAGCUCUAGGGAGAAAACAAUGAAAAACUGUGUGACAGAUGAAAGCUCUGCAUCAAAAGUCAAUGCUGAUGUUGACACCAGGAUUGAAAUCGCCUCAAACAAAGGACUUUUUAUUCCUCUCCCCAACCGGGAAAUAAAGGAUUCCCUAACAAGUACUUCUGCAACCCAGGGCAAUGGUACACCAGAUCAGAAAUUAGACACUUUCCCACCUGGGACACAGAUGCAGGAAGUGGCAAGAAGGGAGAUGCCAAGUGACAAUCACCAGGAAGAUGAAUUCAGACACUACUCGCCUCGUCAGCCCACAGUCCGAUCCCCAGAGAAGAUGACUAGAGAAGGAUACCGAAUACCUUUUUUUGACAAUACGUCUUCAGGUUCUUCUUCAGAAAAAGACUUGAUACCAAAGCCUGAUACAUACCAGCUUACCCAUGAUGCCUCCCUGAGUAAACGCCUGGACGUGGGUGAUGCUGGCCAGAUCCAUCCCUAUCCAUUACCUUCAGAUGUUGGUCUGGAAAAUUAUGAUAGUCGUUAUUCUCAAACUCUAUCUAUGCACAGAAGUCUUGGUAAAAGGCCUCAGAGAAGCAAGAACUAUCGAGAAUAUGGUAUAAAGCCUUCAAAUGACAUAAAGGCCACUGUAUCUCAUUCCUGUGGAGACUUACUGACUUCUCAAUCAAACACUGACUCAAGCACUGAAAGGCUUUUGAAACUUAGUGCAGAUCUGUAUGCCACAACCCAUUUCAACAGUGACCCUGGUCUGCUGGCCAAUGUAGAGCAACAAUUAUCUACCAACCUUGGUGAUUUAACACAAGCACGUGGUUCUUUCCCAAACAACUCUGUCCUGGGAAACAGGACAACUCCUCUUCGGACACUGUUGUUGCCUCCUGGGACUUCGGAAGACAGAGAGAUUUUGACCAAGAGGUCAUUAAGUCCAUCAAAGAGAGGAUUCAAACGGAAGGACAAUAUCUUUGCCAACCUAAAUCCAAAGCAUGGUUCCAGAGAUGCUACAGGCAGUGAGUCCUUAUGCAGUACUCUCAGGACACAUGAUCAGUGCUCAGUACAGAUCUGUGACCUGGGCAGUUUGCAUGGUUUGCCAGGAAACCACAGUCCACCGAUCUCUGCCAGAACCCCCCAUGUGGCCACUGUCCUCAGACAGCUCCUGGAGCUUGUGGAUAAGCACUGGAGUGGCUCUGGCUCUCUUCUCCUCAACAAGAACUUCCUUGCUUUUAAGAUUGGCCCGUGUGCCCAACUUGAAUUUUUGGCAGGUCCUGCCCGAGAUUUGCUUCUGUCUUUGGUAGUCCCAGCUCCUUCUCAGCAGUGGGGUCGCUCACAUCCUGAAGAUAUGAUGAAAACCUUCCGCAGAAGGGAGCUUGAACUGAAGGAGGCUGGGCAGUUGGUCCCUAAUGACAUGGAAAGUUUGAAGCAAAAACUGGUCAGAGUGCUAGAGGAAAACCUCAUUUUGUCAGAAAAAAUCCAGCAGUUGGAGGAAGGUGCUGCCACCUCCAUUGUGAGUGGGCACCAGUCCCAUGCUUACGAUGAUCUUCUACGAAAAAACCAACAGCUGACCAUGCAAGUGGCUUGUCUGAACCAGGAGCUUGCCCAGUUGAAAAAGCUUGAGGAGACAGUUACCCUUCUCCAUGAAAGUCAGAGAUCCCUGGUGGUAACUAAUGAGUAUCUGCUGCAGCAACUGAAUAAAGAGCAAAAAGGUUAUUCUGGGAAAGCGCUCCUGCCUCCUGAGAAGAGUCAUCAUUUGGGGAGCGCUUCGCCCUUUGGGAAAAACACAUUGUCUUCCUCCUCACCAGUGGCGCAUGACACCGGUCAGUAUCUAAUCCAGAGCAUCUCAGAUGCUGUCCCAGAGCCUAGCUUAUGGAGCUAGCAUGGCACACCUGCACUGCAGCUUCCCUCUCAUCUACAGAGGCUCUCAAUGCCAGCACCACCAGUAUGAUAUCCACAAAGAUUAAGAAAAAAAUGUAUUCUGGUUAUAUUGUA